UCCCACCAAAACUGCCCGUUACAACAGCCCAUCUUCUGCUUCCAAUUCUCAGUUUCACACCGCGACACACGCACACUUUUUUCCAGUCGUACUACUCACACUUUCGCCAUGCUUGAAGCACGUUUAGAACAGGCUAAUCUUCUCAAGAAGGUGGUCGAUGCCAUCAAGGACUUGGUCCAGGACUGCAACUUCGACUGCAAUGACUCUGGCAUCGCCCUCCAGGCCAUGGACAACUCCCACGUUGCCCUCGUGUCCAUGAUGCUUAAGUCGGAAAGCUUCUCACCCUUUCGAUGUGACCGAAAUAUCGCCCUCGGCAUCAACCUCACCUCGCUCACUAAAGUCCUGCGAGCCGCACAAAACGAGGAUAUCCUGACGCUGAAGGCGGAGGACGCGCCAGAUGUCGUGAAUCUCGUGUUUGAGAGCGCUGAGAGCGACAGAAUCAGCGAAUAUGACAUCAAGCUCAUGGACAUCGACCAGGAGCAUCUGGGGAUUCCCGAGACGGAGUACGCUGCGACCAUCUCGAUGCCUUCGGCUGAGUUCCAGCGUAUCUGCAGAGACUUGAUGGCCCUCUCGGAAUCUGUUUCGAUCGAAUGUAGCAAGGAAGGCGUGAAGUUUGCCUGCCAGGGCGACAUUGGGUCUGGAUCAGUCACGCUACGAAGUCACACCAAUGUCGACAAGCCAGAGAUGAACGUCGAGAUCGACCUGACAGAGCCUGUCUCCCUGACCUUCUCGCUCAAGUACCUAGUCGGCUUCUGCAAGGCCAGCAGCCUUUCUGGUCAGGUCAAACUGUGCCUCUCCAACGAGGUGCCCCUGCUUGUGGAGUACGCGCUGGCUAACAACAGCUACCUGAGAUUCUACCUCGCGCCAAAGAUUGGUGACGAGGAGUAAUUCCCCCACGAGCGGGCAGAAAAUAUGCUCGGAGAGCUUCGGCCACGCGAAGAACACGAUCGGCGGUGCAUUGGGCGCGUCAUUCGGCGGGAUGUCUAGAUUUUGUGAUAAUGCAGUUCCUUUUAGUGUAUGGGAUCACCUAUCGGCAUGCAGCAUGGGUUGGUUGCUGGGGCUGCUGGGCGUAGGUUUUCGGGGAGUGGAUCGGCCUUUGCUGCCCCGCCAAACGUCACCUGGACGUUAGUUUUCAGAUAGGUAAUCGGAAAAAAUGAUUCACACUUACACACCCCUCUCCCUUGCUCGUGUGAGGCAACUUUCAACGCGCAUUUUUCCUUGAAGUUAC